UCUUUGCAGGAGGUGUUAUGAGUGUCCAUGGCAGUGAUGUGAAGGUGUUUGUUCGCACCAGACCCACUGCCCACUUUGCAACAGACCUUAUUGAAUAUUUACCAGAUGGGCAGACAAUAAACAUCCACCUGAAGAAAGACACCAGGAAGGCAGCGGUGAAUAACCAGCUGUUCUCCUGGUCCUUCCGCUCGGACAGGGUUCUGCACGAUGUCUCCCAGGAGGAGGUUUACGAGAGCGUGGCCCAUACCGUAGUACUUGGGGCUCUUGACGGCUACAACGGAACCGUCAUGUGUUUUGGGCAGACGGGGUCAGGAAAGACCUACACCAUGACGGGAACCAACGAGAGCUACAGACACAGGGGAAUCAUCCCCAGGGCCUUGCAGGAGCUGUUUAGGGAGGUGGAGCAGCGCGUGAGCCAUAAAAUUACAGUACACCUCUCCUACCUGGAGAUCUACAAUGAGACACUGCAGGACCUGCUGUCCUCGGUGCGGAACAUCUCGUCUGGGGACAACGGCGGGCCCUGCGGCAUGUCCGUGGUAGAGGAGCCCGGGGGCGGCGUGUCUGUGCGAGGCCUGUCCCUACACCUGGUCCACAGUGAGGAGGAAGCUCUUAACCUGCUCUUUGAGGGGGAGAUGAACCGAAUCAUUGGUGCUCAUUGCCUGAAUAGGAACUCCUCUAGAUCCCACUGCAUUUUCUCCAUCCACAUCGAGUCUCGCUCACACAUGCUGUCAGAAGCCAGGUAUGUCACCUCCAAGCUCAACCUGGUGGAUCUGGCUGGAUCCGAGAGAUUAGGCAAAACUGGUUCAGAGGGACAGGUGCUCAAGGAGGCCAUGUACAUCAACAAGUCCUUAUCCUUCCUGGAGCAGGCCAUUCUGGCCCUAGGGGACCGACGCCGCGACCAUGUACCCUUCAGGCAGAGCAAGCUAACCCAUGCCCUCAAAGACUCUCUUGGUGGAAAUUGCAAUACUGUGCUUGUGGCAAAUAUUUAUGGCGAGGCAGCUCAAAUAGAAGAAACGCUGUCCACUUUGCGUUUUGCCAGUAGAAUGAAGUGUGUGCAGACAGAACCAGCCAUUAAUGAGCACAUGGAUCCUAUGCUCCAGGUGAAGAGGCUGCAGAAGGAGAUCCAAUUGCUAAAACAGGAACUGAUUGUCCACGAUACUCUUGCCAAUCGGACAGGUGUGUCCUAUGACAUGCUGACCGAAAAUCAAGUGGCGCACGUUCAGAAUCAGGUUCGAAGAUAUCUGGAUGGGACGACGGACAAGAUUGAUAUAGUGAACAUUAGACAGAUCCAGGAGGUGUUUGCCCAGUUUAAACUUGCAUUUCAGCAACAGGAGCAGAAGGUGAAGGAUCAAGUGAAAGAGAGCAAGACCUUCACCCAGACCACUGGUUCUACUGAAGCUUCUGCCAAGCAGCCCCCUGGAACCAAGGGCACAGUAGGCAAACUGGAGGGCAGUAGUUUCGGGGUAGGGGUGGCCCCUUUGUCGGAGAGGCACAGCAGACCCCAGUCUACCCGCAAAAAUAAAUUCCAUAAAGGAAAAGAGUCAAGUGCCGACAGGAAGGAGGGUGCUGUGAGCCUCAGCCAUGGGAAAGAGACAGACACUUCAUCCCCGGGCAGUGGAAAUGCCUUCCACCUGUCCCACAGGGAUCUAGAGUUGGAGACACACAGCCAGGAAUCUGAAGGACCACAGCUUGGAGAUCAAGAACACUUCAAAACAGAAUCUCCUCCACCCAAAGUGGAGGCCUUUGAGGUCUUCAAGGCACAGCGUGGGAGCGAGAUCAACUACAUUCUAAAGGAGAAUAAGGCCAUGCUACUGGAGCGGCGCCGGCAACUCCGGGAGUUGACCGACGUUGUGAACGCAGCCAAACGGGAAAUUGACCACAUUGCCGUCAUGCUGCAGCAACAGAGGGAGGAGAGCCAGCAUCAAGGGCAAUUUAUGAGUGUGGAGGGCGAGCCGGUGAUGGAGGAGGCAGAGCUGGACCUGGUGCUGAGGUUGCAGGAGCUAAAAACACAGUACAGGCAGCAGUACAAGGAGCUGUGCAGCACCAGGGCAGAAGUCAACUACUGCGAGCACUUAGUGGACCAAUGCAGGACACGUCUGCUCACGGAGUUUGAGAGCUGGUACAAUGAGUCCUUCCUGCUUCCCGAAGAGGUUCAAGUGAUCCUGCAAGCUGGAGGGUCCAUCCAGCCUGGACUGAUCCCUGUUGAAAAGGCCUUGGCUCUGGAGGAUGAUGAGCAGGAGCGCUUUGAGCAUCUUCGCCACGAGCUGCUUGCCGACAGCCCUGGAGCCAUGUCCUACUACAACGCUCACACCAGGACGCUACAGAGGAAGAGCUAUAACAGGGCCAUGUCCCAGACGCCACUGCAGAGGAGGAACACAGUAGCCAACACAAGGACCAAGCUACCUGCCAGCCUGCCUGUGAAUUAAAGGCGGCACCAGACACCAGUUUGGAGGAAGGGAACGGUCAGUCAUUGUGUUUGUACACCUUGGGGAGAGUCAGCCAUAGUAGAUGUGCAAAUCUGCAGCGUAAAAUGGAGCGUUGCUGUUGAUAUAUUUUAUAUAUAAUAAACGAUGGGCUUCCAACUUGAUUUGUGGAAAGUGAGUCAACUGGAAACCAAACUAUUUCCCAAUUAUAUUGUUCUUGUCUUGUGUACAGGAAGGCCUUUCGACAUGGAAAAACAUCACA